AAAGGGACACUGUAAGGGGAAUGGCUGGUUCAGACAGGGCAGUACAUUUGUGUAUAUCUAUCCACCUCUGUCUUGACACUGUGCAUGCCAUGUGGAGUAGUUCAAAGGUCAAACUACAUAGACUGCAUCCAGUCACCAACAAUGCAUUGAAUUUGUUCUAGUAACCAAGAUAUCCUUUCCCCCCAUCCCCUCUUCAGUUUCUUGCACAUCAUUCAUUCUAAUAACCAAGAGAUCCUUUCUCCCCCACCCCCUCCUCACUUUCUUUAGUGGCAGAGUUUGUUCACAAGUUGUCGUCAGUGGAGGACCAACACGCUCAGCAGCUCAACAACCUGGCCAGAAACUUCCGAAGAAAGACUCAGGAAACCUUCCGGAAAGAUCCGUCUAUCGCAGUCGGUACUCAGUUCUCAUCGUGGGAAGCUAUGUUGAAGGACACAGAGGAGGAGGCAAAGUUAUCCACUGAGUUAUCUAGGAACCUGGUACAAGGUAUAGCUGCACAAAUUCAGGAGCUCACUUCACGGAAGAAAAUGCUACUGAAGAAGUGGUUCCUAUUCAGGGAGACAUACAUGUGUCGUAUCGACAAGACGGAGGACAAGGUGAACAAGGUGUUCAGAGAGUACCAGGACAACUGGAACAAGUACGCAGAGUCUCUCGAGAAAGACGCUGCCAACGUUAAGGAGAUGGUGGUGCUCCACAGUUACAACUCACACAACGAGUAUAUUCUCCAAAAGACGUCUUUCAAUUCCCUCCACGAUGAGUUCUAUGGCCGCCAGGUGUACGACAUGCUGGACGAACUGCAGGCAAUACAUGAGGAUCUGGUGAAAGGUCUGAAGACCAGUAUGCACAAGUGUGGCGAGAUGAUGAGAACAAAGGCCCAGAAGACGUGUUCUCACCUGACCUCUUUCGUGGAGACAGUCUCGAGGGUCAACGCCAGUGAAGACACAUCUGAACUGGUCAAUAGACAAGACCUGAUAGACAAGGCCUAUCCUCCUCCCCCAUGCAAGUUCAGACCUCCUGACCUGCCUCCUCCCAAACUACCUGACUCCCCUCCUGUGGACCUGCCUUCCCUGCCAGACCAGCUAUCCCUCAAUGACCUGACGCAGUCUCCACUCGGCCACUCCCGAGAGGCCAUCAAACAGACUGAGUUUGCAGUCAGUGGAGCUCUGGAGAGACUACAUAAGGAGUACCAGUCCGUCAAAUCUCUGCUCGACAGUUACCGUGACAACCCGACACUGGGAGAUCCAAACACUCUAAUUGAAGAGCUCCUGGAGAUGAGGAACAAGAUUAGGGUCAAAGAGGCGGAGCUUGUCAUGAUUAGGGCAAAGCUGAACAUGUUCAUGUCGUUAGUGGAAGCUGCACCCCCUGAAAUGUCAUUCCAGCUGUCUUCCCCCAUCCCUCCCCCCAGCGGACACCCUCGCAAGUUGGCCGCGGGGCUGGUCAGUGGGAGGGACCACGACUUUGUGGAGAGUGAGAAGAGGAGACCGGCCCUGUGUGCCUACUGUGGAGGAAUGAUACAACCCCCCAUAUCAAAGGGGGUAAAGUGCAGGAGCUGUAAGAUGAACCUCCACCAUCGCUGUCAGAACUCUGUUCCAUACUGCCACGGGACUCCGCCCACCAAACCUGCCUCUAAAUCUGCUGCAAAAGCCGUAUCCAAGAGAAUCUCACAGAUCCUGACCAGGAAAUCCAGCGCCGAUCCCCAUGACACUGCCUCCAACGGCUCCUUUGAUGAUGAGGAGGGAGACGGAGUGUAUGAACCUCCUCCGCCUCCUCUGCCUCGCGGCAGCAGUGACAAGAGGACCGCCUCUCUCUCCCCUGCUCCCGAACCUCCUCCCCGAGGAGAAUCCCUGGACCCUGAGAACUAUGCGAGACUGGAUGCAGUUCAGAUACACAACAGUUUCGAGGACACUCUGGAACUGGGGGACUCAAGUAGCUACUGCGUGGCUCUCUUUGAGUAUGCCUGUGUCAACCCCAAUGACCUACACCUUCAGCCAGGGGAUGUGAUAGAGCUGAUUAAUACCAGCAGUUCCGACUGGUGGAAGGGGUCAUGUAGAGCGAGGGUUGGAUAUUUUCCAGCGACAUACGUGCAGGCAGUAUCGACUGGCAACCAGAUAUUCAUGUCUCAGUUUGACUUUGCAGCUGAAGGCCAAGGAGAGCUGCCUCUUCUUGAAGGACAGAUUGUGGUGAUGCUCAGAGACAACCAGGACGGCUGGCUCUACGGUCGCUCCGGGACAGAAGAAGGUCUGUUCCCCUGGCAACUACACCAAGAGACUCACAACUGUCUAGUUCUAUUUCAUGCCCACCCCUCAUUACACCCUCUCGUAAUCGUUCUAACAUCAAGUUUUGUACUGCAUAUAACAAACCAGUUGGCAUUUUCCAGUACACUUUUUAUUUAGAGUUGAAACAUUUUUUCAUGAUUGUCACUGAUUAUUAUUAUGAUUGAAUGGUGUUGUACAAUAAAUACUUAUCAUGUUUGGAUCUAACAAUAAUCGGUGCAAAGAAAACCCUAACGUUUCGUUCUGACUUUCUUUCGUUUCUUCUUUCUUUGCUUCUCAAUUUCCACAUCUCCGCAUUGAUUAAGUCUCCCCCUCCUGACCACACCCACCAGCUCCCAGACCGUGCCUACCUACGUCUUCCAGACCACACCCACUAUCGGCAGUGUAGUUAGUGAGUUUAGUGGCAAAGUAUUCUUGUACUGUUGCGGUUUGUGUGAUGGUAGCAACCCCAUGGCUUAUUACGGGAAGACUCUCUUUUGUCAACUGCUCAUUUUCUGACGUUCCUUCUGUCUUGGUUCUCUUGGUCCUUUCUUUCUUCUCCUCCUCUUCCCCCUCUUCCUCCUCCUCUUCCCCUCCACCUCUCUCUCCCCUCUCCCUCUUCCUCUCUCUCCUCUCCUUCCUCCCUCUUCUACCAAACACGCAGUCAAGGUCUUUACUGCUGGCUGAGGACAGAUCCUUACUUCGCAAUGCCUUCUUAUACAGUGCUCUCCCACUGUUGAUAGCACUGGUCACUAGAGACUUUGCUCCCUGGUUCUCUGAUCCAACAUCUGUUGUCUUUCUUGGCAUUGAGGCUGGCCAGGAGCUGGUCGAAGGACUCCUGAUGCUCUAUCCACUCCUCAUCACGACCUCUGACAUAACCCACACCUGAUGUGUCGGAUCUUUUCGACACCUUCACGUGUUCAGUCUUCCCGGCUAGAUCUUUUCCCAGUCCCUUACCCUCGCUCCAACCCAUCCGCUCCAGCAUCCGGUACCCGAACCUGCUCCGGUCUGGAGAGAAAGACGGAAUCAAGGGGGAUGUCGAUAUAACAUUGCGAAAGACUCAAACCUUCACUCCAUCUACUGUUGCGCGGGUCUUCACUCCACUUCUGUUUGUAUUUCUUCUCCGCAAGCAUAGCUAGCCAGCCCGGCCUGCCCGAGCAACACGCGGGGGUCUCGGCAAGGGGGCGUG